AGUAUUGAAGACCAACUUUACGACUAUCACGUUCGUUUUUUGGUGGCGGCAAAGUUAAUAAUUGUUUCAGUUUUCACUUUUAUUUUUCUUGAAACAAAAAUUACAACACUUUGAAGAUCUUGAAGGUACAUAUGCAGACAUGAAAAGCAACAAAGUUCUUUUAGUAGGGGCAGUAAUUCUUACGUCGGAAAUUCUUUGGUAUUUGUAUAGAAAAGUUUACAACCUGUGGAGUAAUUACACGAACACAUGCGAAGUUCUAAAAGUACAAAUACCUGAAUCCAGACAAAACAUUUCAGAGGUCAUGUUUUUUACGAAGGAAUCUUCUCUUUGUCGAACACAUUUGAACGGCGAAGAAGUUUGCUCCAAAGACAAUUGUCCGGUUCAAUAUUUAAGAAAAAUAAUAAGUUAUAUGGAUCGAGCAACGCGAAGUUUGGACGUCUGUAUGUAUUUUUUGACCUGCCAAUUAUUAUCAAACGCAAUUGUGAACGCUCAUAAACGAGGUAUACUUGUUCGAGUAAUAAUGGAUCGACGUAUGAGCUCUAAUGGUGCUACGCAAACGAUUUUAUUUUAUAACAACGGCGUUGCGCUCAGAUUAUCAUACGAGGAUAAUUUAAUGCAUCAUAAAUUUCUAAUUGUGGACAAUGAUCUGGUAAUUACUGGUAGUACGAAUUGGACUAUGUCUGCAUUUUUUGGGAAUUUCGAUAACGUGGUAGUGACUAACCAGCACUCGUUGGUGAGGCCAUUCGUUGAUGAAUUUGAUAGAUUGUGGAAGAUAUUUUCGAAAUCGCAAAAAGAUGUAAAAGAUCUGCCUUCAGCCUCUCUUCAAUCUUCCUUCAAUGACACUGUAUAAUCUUACAUGUUAGCGUCUGGAGAGCGCUCCUUUGACGUCAAAGAAACCGAAAGAGAGGUCGUAAAAUUCGAUGGUAUGUUAGUAGUAGGAGGCACAUACUUAUGCGGGAUAUAUACUUGUGAGAUAGAACGAUGGUACCGGUCAACAUGUGAAAUAGCAAGAUGCAAAUUGGUACGGUGUUUCGAGCAGCGAUCGACGCGAUACGUUGCGUCCCGACACGACAUGACGUAUGGUAACUUGCUGCUCUCAUCGGCCGAUAAAAGUGGAACAUUGUCCGUAUAUAUAAAUAGGUUAGCCUGUAUGAAAAUAGACGUCGGGCUGUUGGACCGGAGGAUCGAUGACGAGAUACUCGGCGACGAGCCGUCCGUUGCUUCAACUUUCUUUCCUUUUCUCUUUGCUUUGAGAUUCACGGUCUUGGUGUGUCGUCAUUACGCCUCUAAGAUUUGUCGUUUCAUUUUUUCUUUCUUUCGAAUUUAUUUUUGUUAUUUUUAUACUUUUGUAUAAAUUCUUAGAGUCCCUGGAUUAAGACGACAAGACAAAAAAUUUCACUUCUCUAAGUAUAAGAAAUCGUGCACGCACAUCAUAUAGAUGAUUACGUAGUAGUAUUUAACUAAUUUAUUUAAUUUAUGUAUCAUUUGAAAUACCAAUACCAUUGAAAAUAUUUGGAGCCUAAUCAAAUCACCUGUUCACUCGUUUUUCGAAAACAGACGUUCCACCAGGACGUAAAGUUUAACCAGGGCGUAAAGACAACGCAUAAAGGAAAGAAUAUGUAAUAAAAGAACACAGAUUAUUAGCACGUGUAUAUAUAACAUUUUAGUAACAUCACUAUUAUAUUAUUAUAAUAUAAUAAACUUUAUUGUUAGAAUUCGCUCAUAUCUCUCAGUUUUACUAAAAAAGUGAAAAACAUUGAAAAUUUUUAAUGAUCCUAAUUACAUGAUCAGUAAAGUGUAUGUAGUGGCUGUAUAGAUUUGUACCCGAACUGUACCCGACUGUGAAAAAUAUAAUGGAAUCAAAUAUAGAUUCAAAUAUACCGUU